GUGAGAAGUUUGUGGUCAUUGGCUGUGGAAGCCUUUCUAAUAAAUAGAUGCUCUGAAACCCCAUCAAACUGAGGAGGACCAAAGGAGGAGACUGCAAGGAUGGCACAUAACAGAACACCUCUUACGGAAAGUUCUCAGGAAAUUUUUGAAAAAUACCAGAUAGAUGAAGAGGUGGGCUUCGCUCUGCCUAAUCCACUGGAGGAACUACCUGCGCCUUAUGAUGAAUGGAUUUCCAUUGCUAAAAAUCUGCCUGAACUAAUCGACAAAAAUGAACUGCGUGAAAAAGUUGACCAGCUAAAAAUUCACAGUAUUGAUGCCCUCAAAGGUCACAAGUCGCAGCGCCUUGCACAUCUGGCCCUGGGGUAUAUCACCAUGGCUUAUGUGUGGAAUCAAGGUGAUGGAGACGUUCGAAAGGUCCUGCCAAAGAAUAUUGCUGUUCCUUACUGUGAACUCUCUGAGAAGCUGGGUCUGCCUCCUAUUCUGGUAUAUGCAGACUGUGUCUUGGCAAACUGGAAGAAAAAGGAUCCCAAUGGGCCCAUGACUUAUGAGAACAUGGACAUUCUGUUCUGGUUUCCUGGUGGAGACUGCAGUAAAGGAUUUUUCCUGGUUUCACUAUUGGUGGAGAUAGCAGCUGCUUCUGCAAUCAAAGUAAUUCCUGAUUUAUUCAAGGCAGUUAAAAAUGAGGACCAGAAUGCUUUACAAAAAGCACUGUGCUACAUAGCUUCUUGUCUGCACCAAGCCCAUAAAGAGUUUGAACAAAUUAAUGACUAUGUGGACCCAAGCACAUUUUUCAAUGUUCUUCGCAUAUACUUGUCUGGCUGGAAAGGCAACUCCCAACUGCCAGAGGGUCUGAAGUAUGAAGGUUUCUGGAACACUCCACAAAAGUUUGCGGGGGGCAGUGCAGCCCAAAGCAGCAUCUUUCAGUGCUUUGAUGUUCUGCUGGGCAUCCGGCAGAGUUCUGGUGAUGAAUCCGCUUCCAGAUUCCUCCAGGAAAUGAGAAACUAUAUGCCACCAGCUCACCAGGAAUUUCUUCUCUCAUUAGAGUCAGGCCCCUCAGUCCGUGAAUUUGUUCUUUCAAAAGGUGAUCCCAAACUGCGGGCAGAUUAUAACGAGUGUGUGAACGCUAUGGUCUCCCUGAGAAACUAUCAUCUGCAAAUGGUCGCUAAGUACAUUGUGAUUCCUUCAAACAAGCAAGAAAAUAAAGGAACUGGAGGCACUAGUGUCAUGACUUUCCUUAAGAGUGUAAGAGGUACAACUGAGAACUUCCUGCUGAGAGAUAAUUAAUGUAACUCAAACAAGGGCGCAGUUUGUCAAGACAAAGAUAUAUAUAUAUAUAUAUAAUAUAUAUAUAUAUAUAUUAGUGUCACUGCUCAUUAUAUCAGACCCAUGAAUUAAUAAUGUACAACUCUUUAACAGUACUUAUAAAAGAUUUCAAAAUGUUUUUUCAAUAUCUGUGCCUUCCUUGUAUGAAUAUAAUAUUAGAUGUG